AUGACGCGCUCGGCGUCCCCCACCACCAGUACGUCCACCGCGAGCGAUUGCAGUCCACCCCCUCUCGGCUCGCACCAUCCACCCUCCAAGGCCAUGUUGCCUCCUGCUUCCUCCAAUUUCUCGCCCAUUCCCACCUCGGCGCGCCCCCGUCGCCCGCUGUCGCCAACAUCCCUCCGAGAUGUUGACAUCCCUCUGGACCCUGAACGCGCCUUCGCAGCACGCGGAAAAUACCCCGUGCCCCCGACGGGACACGAGCUUAUGGCGCUCUUCCCCCCGGCGCCUCCCAUGAUUCGCCUCGGGUCCACGAGCGGCUUCUUCGAGCGCGAAGAGCGCAAGUUCUUCGCGCAAGCGGGCAAGGAGAUCGUCCGCGUCCGCCUCGAAAUCGACUCCGCCCUGCCGCACACCUCGGGUGGAGGCGGCGGCGGCGGCGUGCCUCUCCCAAGUUCUAUGACCUCGCCUCCCAAUCCCCACGCCCGCCACGCCCGGACGCAUUCACAUGGACACCCGCCCCCUCCGCCCCUCCACCACGACCGCGCGCCGCCCCCGACCCAUGCGCCUCUUGCCCCCCCUCCACCACCGCACGCGACGUCGCCGCGCUCGCACCUUCCGCCGAGCGCGUUCCCCGCACCUCCGCCGCCGGUGGGAUCUCCCAUGGGUCCCCCUCCGGUCCCUGCAGGACCAGCUCACCCUGGCUAUCCCAUCAGUCGCCCGCCCGACGUCGAGCGCAACCCCGGAGGUGGUAGCGAAGCGAUGGUCGUGGAAGACGACGAUGACGACAACGCGUGGCGGCGGCCGACGCCCCACAACGCGCGGCGACGCGCGGGGAAGCACACGCGGCGGGUGAUCGUGAAGUAA